AUAGCGGCUUAGGUAUCAGUUCCUGUGUACGUGAAAGGUCUUCCGGUACACGAGGAGAGAAGACAAACCUGCUAAUACGCACAUAUUCAUUUAUUUACCAGCUAGUUAGGGUACAGCCGAAAAACAAGCUCAUCUAAUUCGAGUGCUUUUGCCGUGAUUUGACAUGGCCGAGCCACGCAGCCCGGUGUCCGCUUCAGUACCCCACACCCCGAUGGUGCUGCCCACCCCAGAGGGCUCAACGCUUGAGAUGGACCCGAUGGAGUACACCCUCCGCAAGCGUCUGCCCCGAAAACUGCCCAAACGACGGAACGACGUCUACGUCAACAUGAAAACGGACUUCAAGGCCCAGCUGGCGAGGUGUCAGAAACUUCUGGACGCUCAUAGGGAAAUCUGCAUCCACGGCCUGGGACUGGCCAUCAACCGGGCCAUUAACAUCGCCCUGCAGCUGCAGACGUCCAGCCAGGGUGCGUUGCAGCUGGCGGCCAACACGUCUACCGUAGAGCUCAUAGAUGAUCUGGAGCCCGACGAUCCUGAUGAGGCAGGGGAGCCGCUUACACGCACCCGUAAUAACUCAGCAAUACACAUCAAAGUGUUUUAUCCCAACCCAUAGAAUCGGUAUCUGUAUUAAUACGAAAAAUGGCAACUUUAAAGACUUCAUAAACAUUAAUGUAAUGUUUGUGGUGUGUGUGUGGUUUAAAGGUGAUAUGCGUUUUAUUUUGUAUGACUUCUAUUCUGGUUUAGACACGUAUUUAAUUUAUUGCUGUGGUGUUCUUGAAUGUUUUAAUUUGAGAAACAAUGUAGAAAGAAAAUGUGCCAUAUCUUGUUUUUUUUCGUCCCCCCACUAGAAGCAGAAAUCAAUUUGUUUUCUCAUGUAAAAGUGAAUUUGUAACCAAAAGAUCAUUCAUCAGUUGUGAUUUAAAGCUUAGUUAAAUGGAAAGUAAAUACAUUCUUAGACCUA